CAACGUCUGCGCCUCCUUCACUAUUCUUACCUUUCUUUGCCUGACCGCCAUCGUCCCUCGCUACCGGACCAGGACUUCAAUUCUGUCCCAGAACAUGUCCUUUUGCCCGGCCGAUCGAUGCCGUACAAAACUACAGUAUUUUUAAAUCUUGUCUAGACUAGGACGUUAGCCUCUAAUGCCCUCAGGCUGCUUCGGGACAGUUCCAAACGAACCCUUUGCUGCCCUCGAGACCCACUUCCCCCUCGACCACGAGAGCCCUCGGCAUGCGCUGCAACCUUGUGUGACAGCCAGCCUUGUAACGCCAGUAGCGCCCCUUCACUCAGAUCUCCUGUCAACGAUCGUACAUCCACACCAGAAGCCACAGAGCGACAGACCGAGCGACCGAGCGACCGAGCGACCAAGCAAUUCGGUGGGGAAGCCCGCGGUCGGCGAUUCUGACUGUGACUCGACAUGACGCCGCCAACGGCCAAGGCCGAGAAGGCAGCCUACUCGGAGCGAAUUUCGUACUAUCUGAACAAAGUCAACCCUGUACCAACUCUACCAGAAUACACCGGCCCCUACAAGGUCGGCACCGCCGACGUCGAGAUCCCAAUUGCCGACCUCCACGCGCCAAGCGCAGCACCCCCCAACGCAGCCGACAUUCUGACCGUCCAGUUCCGCAUAUUUUAUCCUGCCCAACCAGACAGCAAGGGAAAGAGGAUAACAUGGCUUCCAGCUCCCCAGCGGAGUCAUGUCACAGCAUAUACAAAGUUUCUCGGUUUCGGUGCCUUCACCUCUGAGCUUCUCUCGUUUCUUCCAAGGCAUGUGCACUACACCACGAUACCCGUCCACAAGAACGCUGCCAUCCUCGAGCCCCAUCAUAUCCCCAAUAGGCGAUGGCCUACCAUGAUCUUCUCGCAUGGGCUUGGCGGUAAUCGAAACGCAUACUCCCAUGUUGCUGGCUCUAUGGCCUCUCACGGCAUGGUGGUGAUAUGCCCGGAACAUCGCGAUGGAAGCGCUGCCGUGUCUUUUAUACGUGAUCCUGCUGCCCAGGACAAAUUCUUCGUCAAGAACACCAGGCGCACAGUCCCGUAUAUCAAGAUCGCGCACCAUCAAAACCAAGAAACGUGGGAUGCGCGGAACAAGCAGUUGAAACUCAGACUCUGGGAGCUUGGCCUAAUACAUGAGGCUAUACUGGAUAUCGACGUCGGGCUGCCCGUCAAGAAUCUGAACACCAGCACUCCCGCGGAAUGUCUUGGCCAGCUCGCGACCAAGAUGAAUGUGCAAGACCCUGGGUCGAUUCUGUUUUCCGGCCAUUCUUUUGGCGCCGCAACCGUGGUUCAGUUUCUGAAAUCAACAUACUACGUCGACGCACCCGAGCUCAAGGACUUGGACGAGCCCCUUUUCGUGCCUGCACCAGGCACUCGUAUUCGCGCGCAAAUAACGCCAGCAAACCCCACAAUCUUGCUGGACAUGUGGUGCUUUCCUCUGAUUUCACCAACCACCACCGCCCUUUAUCGCCUCCCCCUACCAGCGUACGCCGACAAUGAACCCACGGCACCUGGCGGUUCCGCAAUCCUCGCUAUCGAAUCAGAGGCCUUCUUCAAAUGGACAGAACACCUACACACAAAGUGUCGCAUACUCUCGCCAAACCCCAGCGCUCCUGUUGUUAAAGCAUCGGCAUUCGAGCGCCCGGGGUCAGGCGUGCGAUUGCCAGAGCCAAAUUUCUUUUAUGUCGUGAAUAGCGCGCACCUGAAUCAGAGCGAUUUCGGCGUGCUGUUCCCUUGGUUGACCAAGAAGGUGUUUGGAUCCGACGAGCCGGAGAGGGCGCUGAGGCUGAACGUGCGGGCGUGCCUGCAGCUGCUUCGGGCGAACGGUGUGCCGGUGGCUCGGACCUGGGUCGGCGACCUGGUUGAGGGAACCGAUACCAGCGCGAAGCUGGGUGCCGUAGAGACCAGCAGCCGGUCAGACGCCGAUGAUGGGGGCUUCGAUGACGGCGUACAGGACGAUAAGGCGAUUUUUGACAGAAGCGGCAAUGUCAUUGUCGACCAUUGGAAAUGGAUCGACAUCGUAGGCAUGGGCGGCGAAUCUGGCCACGCAGGCGAGCACGGAAAGCCGGAGGCCGUUGAAGGGGAAAGCGAGAUGGAAAACGAAUUCGAGAUGGGUGCUGAAACACAGCCGAUUGCUCGGCGGUGAGCGCCGCCGGGGCGUAGACUCUGGUACUUAGAGUUGGACGAUUCCUGAAUUCUGGGUAGUAAGGCGCAAAUUGGUCAAGGGCAAAGGAUAUCUAUAGAUUAAAAAGAGCAGGAGUUGGACAGUGUAGAUGAUAUUUUGGCCUUGAGCAGAACAAGUCUUUCUGCAUUAGAAUCUAUUCACCAUCAAAACAGA